GAUCGAAGUGACGGUGCCAGAAACCCGGGCAGGUCAGCUCAACACACAGCACCGCGUCCAGCCGAACUUCUAGCCGUAGCCGCUCGCCCCAAACUCUUAAAGUUUGCUUUCUUGUGUCUACUUGGAGAAGUAACGGUGCAGGAUGAAGACCGUGCUCUUGUUGUGCUGUUUUCUUGUGGUCGCACAAGCCUGGCCGGGCAGUUUUUGGCGUCGUUUCCAAGAUGACGACCUAACUUCGGACCAGGACCAGGGACGUCCCAGCAUCUUUUCUCCUGGCUCGGGCUUCAGCCCUUUCGGUCAAGGCUUCUGGGACAGGAUGUCAGCUCUCUUCAGCCAGACGUGGAGUGAGGUGUUCUCAGGACUGGGCGGGUUGCCAGGGCUGGACCGCAACUCUACCGACGACUUUUUGGACGGUGCCAGCGUUUUCGUCCACACGAGCGCCGGAUCGUUUGGAUGUAGUUUAGACUGGAACAACCUGACACCCAACUGUACCGGCAAUACUACCUCCACCGUCAGGGUUCAGUCCACCAAGUGUGUGUGGGACUGGGAGGCGGGAACCUACAACUGCACAACCUUCCGUAAACAAGACGACCAGGAGGAGACCACACAGGUGUCCGGGAACUGUACGGUGGAGGAGGGGGUGCGCACCUGUCCCGGGGCACCGGUACAACCCACCGGCUUCGGCGGGCUGGUCAAGGUGUUCGACCGCCGCGUGGACUGCCUGUUCCGGCCGCUACAGAUCGCCGUUUUCUGUCCGGACUCCAACGAUCCGGUGACCGAAGAUUCUCUGAACUGUGACGACAGCGGCCUGAUGUUGGACUACCACUGCCGAGGGCACCCGCAGCAGCCCGAGGUCACAGGCGAGCCCGAGGUUCAUCCGGAGGCCGGGGAGCCCGAGGGACCCGAGGCCGAGAUCACAUGGGUGGAGGGUGCAGAGGAGAGACCAGAACUAGAGGGGGAGACAGACGUGGAGGAGCCAUUCCCCAUCAAAAAAACUUAUGAAGAGAAGGUGCGCUGCAAAGUUGCCGACGACGGAGAAGUUGUCAUCUGCUCUCGCUCCCAGAAGAAGUUUGACGGCGAGGACGUUCUGCAGCGGGACCGCCCGGAAAAACCCUGCAAGUGGGACGGCUCCAACACCGUGCUCUCCUGCUAGAUCUCCUCUGAGCUCUUGCUCUGAGUUUUCACGGAGUCAAAUACUUGUGUUGUCCGUGAAAUUAUAGGAAAAUCAUUUUAUGAGACAAUGAGGAUAGCAUUGAUGGCAUUAAUGGUAGACUCAGAUAGAUAGAAAGAUGGAUACUGUAGAGACUAAAUUGAACUAACGUCGCUGUCGCACAUUUCCUUUCGGUUGUAAUAAAUCAUUAACUUGUCAUAGUAUGACACUUGCUUCUUGAUUGCUACUUUUGAGAGCAGCAAACCACAUCAUAAGUUUGAUGAUGUAGCCAUAAAUACUUCAUUUCAGCCCAUUUGAUUUUUUAUGUAAUCAUCAGUGCUCAUGCUUUUAGGUGAUGAAGUAAAACAUUGCUUGUGAUGGAGUCUUUUAUAAACGUCUUUUGAGAUGAAUUAUGUAUGUCAAAUAUGGUAUGGAAACGGUGUUUAUAAUAAAAAAGCCCCACUGGAAUGGAUGGCUUGAUGAGUUCUGUGGAUUUACUUUCAGAGUUUGUGUUUGAAUAAAGAUUGCCAAUGGUUUGUGCAAACAG